AUGAAGCAACAUCUUGUGGGGGUUCCAGGUAAUAUAAGUUCUUGCAAAAACGUUCCUCAUGAUGUUCGUAACCAAAUGCUUAAGUUAUUGGAUGUAAUCAAAGGAAAAAGUAAGAGUGGUGAUGGUAACCUAAAUGAAGCAUAUGGUGGUCAAAAUAUUGAAGAGGAAGCACAAGAAGUUCAACCUAGCUCAAAUAUGGAUAAGAAGAGUAAGAUGCAAGCCACAUUGAAAAGAAAAGCUAAUGUUGAAAUUAAUAAUUAUUUUGCUCCAAGCACUACUCCAGGAUCACAACCAAGUUUGAAAAGUGUAUUAUCAAGCACGCAAGCAAUUCACAAAGCUAAGAUGGCAAUUCCUCAUUGGUUUUAUGAUGUCUGCAUUCUAUUUCAUGCAACACUAUCACCAUACUUUCAACUUGCUUUAGAUGCAAUCAAUGCUAUUGGUCCCGAUUUUAAAGGCCCAUUUUAUCAUGAAUUAAGGGUUAACUUGUUGGGAGACUGCAAGAGAGAGUGUUGCUUACUUGUAGAAGGUUAUCGAGCAAAUUGGGCUAAGAGUGGAUAUACAAUUAUGGCAGAUGGAUGGACUGAUCAACGACAAAGAACUUUGAUAAACUUUCUAGUUUAUUGCCCUACAGGUGUAGUUGGAGCUGAACAUGUUAUCCAUAUAGUGACUGAUAAUGCAGCUAAUUAUGUAGUUGCUGGUAAAUUGAUACAAGAGAAAUAUGAUACCAUUUUUUGGUCUCCUUGUGCCGCUCAUUGUUUGAAUCUCCUUUUAAAGGACUUUGCUAGUAUGCCUCAUGUUGCAGACCUUGCCUCAAAGGCUUCCAAGAUUAUAAUAUUUGUCUAUAAUCACAUGGUAUUCUUAUCUUGGAUGAGAAAAAGAGAAGGUUGGAAAGAAAUUGUACGUCCAGGAGUGACUCGUUUUGAUACUACUUUUAUUACAUUGAAAAAUAGUUUUGAUCACAAACAUGAUUUGCAAGCUUUAGUUGUAGACAAGCAUUUCACUAGCCAUAAAUUAUCAAAGACUACAACAGGAAAAAUUGUUAGUGAUAUUGUUUUGGAUCAAAAGUUUUGGAAUGAUUGUUUGUCGAUAGCGAAACUUGUGGCUCCUAUCAUUCGAUUACUAAGAAUUGUAGAUGGGGAUGAAAAGCCUUCUCUUGGUUAUGUUUAUGAAGGCAUGCAAAGGGCAAAAAAUGCUAUAAAGGAGAUGUUUAGAAAUAGAAGAGCUUUGUAUAAGCCUUACACAGAUAUUAUUAAGGCUCGAUGGGAUAAAUAUUUAAAACUCAAUCUUCAUGCAGCAGCUUACUUUUUAAAUCAUGCAUUCUUCUAUGAUGAGAAAUUUUGUAGCAAGAACAGAGUCAUGAGUGCAGCCAUUUCUUUACUUGAAAAAAGAGCUUUUUGUAAUGACUUAACUAAAGGCAUUAGUGAGAUGAAUAUGUACCGGGAACUACAAGGAAGCUUUGGUCGAGAAAGUGCUCUUACCGCGUUGUUUGGGGGUAGUGCUCCAAUUUUGCAAAAGUUGGCAAUCCGCCUUCUUAGCCAAACUUCUUCAUCUUCUGGAUGUGAGAGAAAUUGGAGUGUCUUUGAACGCAUCCAUACAAAGAGAAGAAAUAGACUAGAACAUCAAAGACUAAAUGAUCUAGUUUAUGUUACUUAUAACUUGCAUUUAAAGAAUAGGUUGCUCAAGAAGCCAUGUUAUGAUCCUAUUGAUUAUGAAUCUAUUGAUCAUGUUGAUUUUUGGGUAACUGAAGAAGAAACACCUCCUGAGCUUGAUAUUGAUGAGAUUGAUAAUUUUCUUUAUCAUGAAAAUGCAAUUCCAGUUAGUCAAUCAUCAAAAAACAAUGAAGGUUAA